AUGGCCGAACAGACAACCUUGAUCGCCCUCCAGACCUUGGACAGAAUUUUUUUAUCUAUUCUUGAGGGCCGCCAUGAGAAUCUCGACCUCCUUCGGGACGAUGGCUCCGUGCUUGACGUCUUUGAAGAAGAGCUCAAAAAGGUGUGGACCCGUCCAGCAAGAAGCACCGAAAGUCGGAAUGCAAUCAACUCCGGCAAGGUUACUGUAAACGGGGAGGAAUACUCGAUCAAUGACGAAUUCAAGCAGAAUGUCUUGAACCUAUCCGACGAGGUUGAAAUAAACGAAAUUGAAGCUGCCGCCAUCGUUCUCGAUUCGCAAGAUGACCCCGGUAUCCUUGGCCGAUCGCUUCUAGAAUGCUCUAUAAUACGAUUCCACCAGCACCGGAAGUAUGUCCUUGAUAUCAUCCGUCUCCUUAUCGAUCUCGACCGCGAGGCGGAGACCGAAAAUGGACCAGUAUACGAUUACGCUACACAGUAUUUGCGCGAAGGCGUGUUCGCCGUGAAGGAUUCGCAGCGGAUCGUACCUCGAUGCAUGGUAGCCAUGAAGGAUGUUCGUGCAUGGAUCCAAAAGCUCAACGACAAAAUAACUGCCGCGGCUGUCCUUGCGGGAGGGCAAACGCCAGAGCUCGCUGGGGAACUGGAGACGGUCGAAUUUUCCCGUGUCAGCCUCAUUCAGCAGCACGAGCUUAUGGCCAUUAUCAUGUGCAGAGCCAUUGAAACCAAUCUUGGACAAGAAGAUGAUUUUAAGAGCCUCCUCGCCGAACUCAAAGCCACUGAUAAGUACGACAGUUUACUCGUCCACAGAAUCCCCCCUCUCGGCGCCUUCGUGACGCAUUUAGGUUCCGUAGAGUCCAACAGCGGGCUCAACCAGGCAAGGAAGUUAAAUAGCGCGGUAUGUCCGAAAGAGCCAGAACAAUGGGCGCUACCAUAUUUGCAGGCCGCCUUCCGGGCAUGGUGGCUAGCUGAAUACAGUGGCUACUAUAUCGAUGAUAUAGAAGAGGGCACCAUUGUGCCUCCUGUAGAUCUAGAUGAAGAGGACCGUGAAAGGGCGAGGCAAUUCCUGGAAUCCUUAAAAGAUGGUGCUUUCGACUUCCUCUUGUCAGUCGCUGCAGAUGUCAAGUCUGUCGAAUGGCAAGACCCUGCCCGUAUGGGUAUGAGAUCGUGGUUGCAGCGGAAGUCACCCAACCUUUCUUCCGAUUCAGUUCCAUUUUCGGAGUUUUUCCAAACGGCCUUGAUGGCUCGCUUAGAAGUCUUCAUCGACGGCUUCAUUACGAAUCUGCCCGAUGUCUUGAGACGGCUGCGUGUUGAGCAAGAUGAGCAACGGCAGCUCAGCCAGACGCACGAACACGACCUAAAUUUGGAGCGGUUUCUCAUCAUCAUUGCCUACUCUUACGAAGGUCGCCCUGAGGCAGCGGCCAAUUUCUGGUCCGAUCCGGACUCGAAUCUGGCAGGUUUUAUGCAUUGGGCGUCUCGGCGAGCAUCCACCCCAUUAGUGACUGCUUUUUGUGAAAUGCUCCAAGCAAUCUCCGAGAACGAAGAAUGCGCAACGUCCGCACACGAAUUCCUCAUGGACGAAGGGCACCACGCCUCGGGGAAGCUCCGAAAAUCCUUGUCCUUGACGUGGUCGCAAAUAUUCAAGGAACUCAAUUUCUUUUCGGAAAAGAUACGGGAAAAGCCGGCACCCACACCCCAAGCAACCUUCCGUCCGGGCAAGCCUACGCCUGCGAUUAUGGAGGCUGAACCCGAGUCGGCUAUGAUGCUGGAGUGCUACCUGCGGCUGAUCACGAAGCUAGCGACAGAAAGCGAAACUGCGAGGCUCUAUUUGCUUCACGAACAAAAGUUCAACUUGGCCGAUAUCCUUUUCCAGCUCGCAAGCAGUCAAAUCCCGCCCCGUCUCCGAGCCUGCACAUUCUGGGCUUUGGGGGCUUUGAUGACAAGAAAAUCAGUCGAGGAAUGCCAUUCUAUGUGGGCGCACGUAGACAAUUGGACAACCGGAGCGUACAGCCUCCCACCAUCCGGCCACCCCGCGGGAUAUCCGAAGCUCUCCCAACUAGGUCCCACGGUAUCCCCGGAGCGAGUACUAGAAGAGAUCAGCAAUGGCUUUGAGGAGCCAUAUGCCUUUACGCUGCUCCUCACCUCUCUCCUUACUCCAGUCGAGGGCUCUAGCCCAUUGAAUGACUCCCUACCGUUCCCUGAGAACCUAGGGUCAUCAUAUCGAAUGCCCGGCAUCGACGGCUUUGUCGAUUACGUUUUAGGUCACGUCCUGUCGCGAAAGAUUGAUGAGCUCACGGACAAGAACCAGGCGCGGAUGCUUAGAUUGCGAUGUCUAGACUUCGCCCUUGUCUGUCUCAACACAUUUAAUGAAGACCUCAUUAUCCUCGCAAACUCGACGAACCUCCCGAUAGAUUCGGCCAUAACCACAAGCGACCUUGCCACCUAUGUCCGCUUACACCCAUUCGCCCGCGUGAUGGAGUGGAUGCUCACAGAGAAGGCCGUCGCUGCGCUUUUUGCGGCAAUUCACCAACCCGCAGCUGAAGUCGGCAACUCAUCCCCUGACUCCCCUUUAAUUCUCGGCAUACUCCAAGCAAUUGCCCUCAUCUCCCGAAUUCUAGACCUCCAAGCUACUUACCUCGACAUCGUCAGGCCUAUUAUCAGGAAUCAGUCGACAUAUCAGAGGCUUCCUGGCUCCGCAUCACUCUAUUCUUCCUUUGAGGAUGGCUUGGUGGGCCAUAUUAGUCUCAUUGUUGAUCUCGGAACUUUCUGUGGCCUUGGACUUCCCGAUCUCACCCUCGCCUGCCUCAAGCUUCUCGAGCGGAUAUCCGUUACUUCGAGAGUCAUUGCCGCUUGGUCGUGGCAGGGCGGUCCACAUGCGCAUCGCAACAAAGCUAUCGUUGCACUGGAAGCUGACGGCGACAAUGAGGCGAUAGCACGUUCCUUCAUGGCCGACUUGGACGCCCCUCUUGAACCAGGUCGCGAGAUGGAUUCACCAAGCUACAUGAUCAAGAUCUAUAUCCUAGACUUCCUAUAUGCAUGCCUACGUGAAUCUCCUAGGAAACCUUCCAUUGCGCAUCUGCUACUAGGGUUUCAAUGUGAGGUAGAUCGACUUUCGGUUGAACCCAACAGUCCGUUCUACAAUGGAACGUCUGUUUUCCAUAGCUUGAUUACGCUGUGGAAUGGUAUUUCCACCCUCGACGAACAAGGCAUCCGACAGUGGCUCAUGGCUCUGAAGUACAAAGCGCUCCGGAUUCUACAAAUUCUCUGGAGCUCACCUCUGACCGCUCCGCUGGUGAUCGAUGAAUUGAGGAACAUCGACUUUGUAUUCGCCGUCUCGCGAGAAGAGCAGACAAUAUCCGCAGACCUUCUUUGGGAAGGAGCUUCUAUGGUUGCGAUGGAGUUCCCGCUUACGGAUGGCGCGGUUACUCUCAUGGACUUCAUGUCUCAUCGCGCCGCUGUCUUCGACUACAUCGCCAUUGAGCUUUGCGACGUAUCCCAAGCAAAUCUUCCAACAUACAAGCGGAGAAUUUUCGACGCGCUACGGGGCGAGAUCCCCCAAAGUGCCCAAGAGGUGAUGCCAGCCUGCUCUGUCUUUGAGCUCUUUGAUUUUAUCUUGCCGUUCGAGUCCUGGGAAAUUUCGCCGCCAUUACUGGAUUUCUACAACGGCUUAGACGUCAAUGUCUGUAUCGUGGACGACGGAGACGGUAAUCAGAUCUAUAGCGUUGACCAAAUCAAGGAGAUCUUGCUUCUCAGGCGCAGCGAGGCGAGAGACGUUGCAUCGCUCAUCUCGCCGCAGGAUCUAAUUGCCAUCAACCGAGAAGAAGCUUGCCUUCUUGAAUACCUCAUGUCGUCCAACAGACAGGUGCAAAUGGUAUCCCAGAGUCUUAAACUUCUCAAGGCAUGGGUAAACCUCGUACUCAUCAUGAUCGAGUCGAACGACUUGCAAGGCAGCGCGCGGACAUCUUUCUACUUACAAACGCUGCAGACGAUACUUCCCAACCUCGAAUCGUGUGCGUCGGAACGCCAGCCCCUAGCCUACGAACUCGCCAAGCUAGCAAAGGUGCUCCUCUUCAAGCUAGAUCUUACGCCACCUGCAGGACCCGAGAGCGUCAACGGCAAAGCCGCCGAAAUGAGCCACCUCGUAGGUGACAAGCUGUACCAGCUCUUCCAAACGUGUCUACAGGCCAUCGGCAAGUGGGCAGACCAGAGCGAGCUCAGGACCGUUUACUAUAGCAUCUGCUACCGCUACCUUACCGGUAUAGUAGAUGAAGGCGCGGCCUUCUCCGAGCGCCAGAAGACGAUGAAGACCAUCCAGGUGUAUGGCGAUAGGUUGGCCAAUGUCAUCUGCGAUGAUGCAUACGGUGGUGAGCCGGCCUGCCAAACGGCGGCCCUUAUCCUCCUCUCAGCGCUCGUCCAUCUCGGUAGCGAGGAGCGCGACAGUCACGUCGUCGACACGCUUAACAGGCUUAACUUCAUCGGUGUGCUCGUGGACUCGCUGAGGAAUAUCAUGCUCGAGAGCCAGGAGAUCCUGCAGUCUGGGAAGCCAGAGCAGCAGCACUACCACGAUGCCAAGCUCGCGCUCUUGCUGCAGCUUUGCCAGACUAGAGAGGGAGCGAAAUACGUGCUGCACGCGAAUCUCUUCCGCGCCAUUGAAGCUUCCCGCCUCUUUUCCGUCGACCCCGAGCUCCAAAUUAACCCGAACAACCCUCAAGCCCUUACAAACCACUACGCCCUCCUCGCCAAGGUCGCCCGCAUCAUCGGCGCCGCCCUCGUCUCCCGCGGCUCCCACAACCUGCCCCAAGGCCGCCGCUUCCUGACGGAUCACCGCAUGCUCGUGGCGCACACACUCAAGCGCUCGGCGGGAAUCGGGCACGUCGGGGGCGCGGACGAGGAGGCGCUGGCGGAGAGGAUCGGCGAGUUGGCGGAUUCGUUUGUUGUUAUGAUUAUUGCGACGGGGUUCUUGGAGUUUGAAAAUGAAGUUUUACCUGAGCCAAAGAGGGUGUCUGAUAUUCUAUUCCAUUGA